AUCUCAAAACUGUCAUUCUCAUUCGUAUCGUGAAUCGAUUUUAAAAUUUUGUUUAACAAUUUUAUUUCAGAAAUACUUUAUAAAAUAAAUUGUACCAGCAUUUUAAUAUAAGCGUCAGGAAACACAAUGGUUCGUCAAAGAAAUACUCGCACAACCGAUGAAGCAGACUAUCAACCCAUGGUCACUACUACUACUGAUAAGAACAUAACUACUUCAAAGUCUCUCUUUCUUGUGCUGAUAAUCUUUGUAUCUUCUGUGAUGACUUUGGCACUCGUUUAUACCCAAUUCCCAGAUUUAGAAGAACAUGAGAAACCUCAUGUAAAACUGCCAUGGGAUUUGGAAGAGGCUAAGCAACUGGGACUUGUAUUGGAUCGCUACAAAGACAAAUACUUUUAUGAAGUAAUGUUUGGAGUGUUUGUCAUUUAUAUUUUUUUGCAAACAUUUGCAAUACCUGGAUCAAUUUUCCUGAGUAUACUUUCAGGAUUUCUAUUCCCAUUUUAUUUAGCUCUUCUUUUAGUUUGUUGUUGCUCAGCAAUUGGAGCAAGUUUAUGUUUCUUUUUGUCUAAUUUACUUGGGAAGAAGCUUGUGAACAGAUAUUUUCCAGAAAGAGCAGCACAAUGGUCAAAAGCUGUUGAAAAGCACAAAAAUAACUUGCUGAACUAUAUUAUAUUUCUGAGAGUGACUCCAUUUUUGCCCAAUUGGUUUAUAAAUAUGACUGCACCUGUAAUAGGUGUGCCUCUCAUUCCAUUUACUCUAGGAACAUUUAUUGGAGUGGCACCUCCAUCAUUUGUUGCCAUCCAAGCUGGUCAAACACUGCACUCCCUGACAUCCACAAGUGAUGCUUGGUCAUGGACAUCAAUCAUCGUUCUUAGUGCCUUUGCAUUAAUAUCACUGAUCCCAGUAUUAUUAAAGAAUAAACUACAGGAAAAAUUUGAUUGAAUAUGAACUAGUAAUUUUUAGUUAAAUGUAUUUAAUAUUUAUUAAAUAAAUUUGUUUUGUACAUUCCA